CUGCCCCUUUAUAAUUCAAGAGCCCGGAAGAGGACUGCAUUGACUGUCGUGAAUCGCAAAGUAAUGUCUCAGGUGACAUUUAGCGAUGUGGCUGUAGACUUCUCUCAUGAAGAGUGGGGAUGGCUAGAUUCUGCUCAGAGGGAUUUAUACAAGGAUGUGAUGGUCCAGAAUUAUGAGAACCUGGUCUCUCUAGGUCUUUCCAUAACUAAGCCAUAUGUGAUCACUUUAUUGGAGGAUGGAAAAGAGCCCUGGAUGGUGGAGAAAAAUCUGUCAAAAAGUGUGUUUCCAGAUUGGGAAUCAAGAUGGGAAGAUAAGAAAUUAUCAACAAAGAAAGACAUUUAUGAUGAAGAUUUAUCCCCAACAGUAAUCAUAGAAAAAACUGUAAAACAAACUUGUGAAUUUUCAGAUUUUAAUAAGGAUUCAGCAUAUAUAGAGAAGUUGGAGAGGAAGCAUGGAAGUCAAGUAGAACAUCUGAGACCAGUGACCCUCACCUUUAAAGAAAGCUCCACUGGGGACAGUGUUUACAAAUGCAAUACAUUUAGAAGCAUCUUUCAUUUAAAGUCCAUUGUUUCUGAACCACAGAGAAUUUCUGCUGAGGGGAAAUCACAUAACUAUGACAUAGUGAAGAGCUUACAAAAAAAGGCAGAUACAAAAAGUGAGAAAAUAAGUGGUGGAAAGAAACUUUUGAAUUCUAAUGAAAGUGGAGCAGGCUUUAGCCAGAGCAAAUCUCUUACCCUUCAUCACACUUCCGAUAGAGUGAAAAUCUAUACAUGCAGUGAAUGUGGGAAAGCCUUUGGCAAACAAUCAAUCCUUAAUCGCCACUGGAGAAUUCAUACAGGAGAGAAACCCUACAAAUGUCAUGAAUGUGGGAAGACUUUUAGCCAUGGCUCAUCCCUUACUCGACAUCAGAUAAGCCACAGUGGAGAGAAACCAUACAAAUGUAUUGAAUGUGGGAAGGCCUUUAGCCAUGUUUCAUCGCUUACUAAUCAUCAAAGCACUCAUACUGGAGAGAAACCCUAUGAAUGUAUGAACUGUGGAAAGUCUUUCAGUCGUGUUUCACAUCUUAUUGAGCAUCUAAGAAUUCAUACUCAAGAAAAACUCUAUGAGUGUCGUAUAUGUGCAAAGGCUUUCAUUCAUAGGUCAUCUCUCAUUCACCAUCAAAAAAUUCAUACUGGAGAGAAACCUUUUGAGUGUAGUGAGUGUGGGAAAGCUUUUUGCUGCAGCUCACACCUUACCCGACAUCAAAGAAUUCACACUAUAGAGAAACAAUAUGAAUGUAACAAAUGUUUGAAAGUCUUUAGUAGCCUCUCAUUUCUUAUUCAGCAUCAGAGUAUUCACACUGAAGAAAAACCCUUUGAAUGCCAGAAAUGCAGGAAAUCCUUUAACCAGCCCGAAUCACUGAAUAUGCAUUUGAGAAACCACAUCAGACUGAAACCUUAUGAAUGCAGUAUAUGUGGGAAAGCCUUCAGUCAUAGAUCAUCUCUGCUUCAGCAUCAUAGAAUUCAUACUGGAGAGAAACCUUAUGAAUGUAUUAAAUGUGGGAAGACAUUCAGCUGUAGUUCAAACCUUACUGUACAUCAGAGAAUUCAUACUGGAGAAAGGCCAUAUAAGUGUAAUGAAUGUGGGAAAGCUUUUAGCAAAGGCUCAAAUCUUACUGCCCAUCAAAGAAUACAUAACGGGGAGAAACUCAAUAGUGCAGGAGGUAUGGAGGAGCCUUUAGACCAUAUGAGUCACUACAUAUUUGAGACAGCAUAUAGGAGAGAAACUGUUUGAUAUGGUAUUUAUCAUAAACUUCAGUCAUAGUUCCUCUCUGAUUCAGUGCCAGAAAAUUUAUACUGCAGAAAAGUUUUAGGAAUGUAGUGAAUAUGAGAAGACCUUUAGCAAUGAUGCAAACCCUUCUGUCAGAGUUCAUACCCUAAAGAAACCAUAUGAAGACAAUAAAUGGGGGAAACCCUUUGUCAGUAUCAUCCUUUAAUUGACCUAAGUAUAUGC